CUUCCUGGCAUUCGAUUGAGUGAUAGCUUUCGCUUAUUACUCGUUCUGAAUCUGAAAUGGGAGUUCCGGACAGCAGUAUUGAAGGGCUCGAACGCCAGCGUCGCGAACUCGAGAGCAACAUUCUACAACUACAACAAUCCCUUUACCACUGGAGGACAUGGGAAGCGGAAUAUGAGGGGCUGAAAGAAGGAAUCGCCGACUUAGGCAACGAUGCUACAACAAACGAUUUCCUGCGAGUCAGCCGCAAAUUCGGGGGGACUUUCGUCAACGAAGACGAGUUUCGAGUGAUUAUUGGUGAGAAACAAGGCCUUCGGCGAACCAGACAACAAGUUAUCGACCUUAUUUCGAGGCGAAUAGACUACGUUAAGACCAAUGUGGCAUCGAUGGAAAAGAGACUGCGUGCAGCCGAGCCCCAAAUGGAAGCUUUAGACUCUGCAGAACACCUAACUCGAAAUCCAGCAGACGACUUUCCUAUGCGAGAAAUCAUUGAGGAGCUUGACGAAAACGGAGAAGUUAUUUCGAGUACGACUACCAACCCGGGGGAUCAGGCCUCGAGUCUAUUGGAGAUUCUAAAAAAGGCUGGUGUUAAGGAUAUACCAGACCUUCCCAAGCGGGACGCUUCCGCGUUUAUUGAGACACACUCUCCGGACACUGCGUCAAAAGAUACUUUCGCCCCAGCAGCCGAACAAGGUGAACAGGCGGGCCAGAAGAAGGAAGGUCAAGAAGAGGCUGGUCAGGAGCUUGCCUCAUCAGGAGGCAAUGAGCCCUCUUCGUCUGCAUCGGAUGCGGGUGGGACUCCGGCAGAAGUUGGAAAAGAGACCCCUGUCGUGGAUGUCGACGAGUCUCCAGAAGAUGCUCAGCUACGGCGUGAAAUGUUGCGAUAUGGACUGGACGAGGUAGGCGCUGUAGUUGCCGAGCUUGAGUUGGAUGAUGAUGCAAGUGAAAUCUCAAUCGAAGAAGAAUACGAUCCCUAUCCAUACGACGACGAAGACGAAGAGGAAGAGGAAGAAGAUGAGUACGGACGAAGUAUCCGGCCUGUUCUGGACGAAGACUACCACCGUCAGAUGCGUGAACUGGAGGCGAAAUUGAACGCUCGUGGUAUGUGGAAUGUGGGCAAAGAUACUGCGUCGCUUCCUGCGGAUGUUAAAGAGGACCUUGAACAUCCGGUUCAGGUAAAGGUAGAGAAGACACCGGAAACGAAUGGUGAACCGGCUUCCAAGGCAAAGCCUAAGAAAAAGGUUGCCUUCGCUGAUAAUCUUGACAUUGCGCCAACCCCAAAGCCCCCUGCUCCUGAAAGCAAAAAGGUUAUCCCUCGAAAACCCGAUGUUCCUGUUCUGUCGGAUUCUAUAAUUGAGCGUACAACAGCAGAGAAGGCUUCUGCUGCUGUUGACGCACCUACCCCGAAGAAAACUUCCCGAUUCAAGACCGCUCGUGGCUCUGCAGCGACGAUUGCCAAUGCAAGCUCCGCUGCACCCUCGACCUCAUUCCAACACAAACCCGCAUCGCUCGAACCAACCCCGUCAAUGCCACUGUUUCCUGCCAAGCCUGCAGAACCGAAACCAUUCUCCCAGCCUAUCUCGGACAUUUUGGAGAAGCCACCGAGUGCUGUCAAACCUGAAGGGAAAAUCCUUGCAGAUACCUUGGUUGAGCGUAACAUUCCCGAGGGAACUGCCACAGCUCCAGAGCCUGAGGAGUUGGACGAGGAACUUCACCGGAAGGAAAUUGCUACCGAGUUCCACCGGAUGAAAAACAGGAUGGCCAGACAAAACGGCAGUUCUUUUGAUGAUGAAGAACAAGAAAUGGUUUCCGCUGACCCAAGAGAACCGCCAAAGCGAAUCAGUAAAUUCCGGGCUUCUCGGAUGGUAUAG